AUGGUGCCAACAGGUGCACCUGCAGAGACAUUGAUUGUCUUCGAUCAUCGUCUACUACAAGAAUAUCUCGAGCAACUUCUUCCCUUGGUGCUCGAUGCAGAGGUCUCUGACCUUGACAAUACCAUCUUCUCUUACCCAGACACCAUUGAAAAAUUCAAACGUUUUUCGAAUGACCCUCAGAGCCCAGUCCUCUUCAUCAUGAAAGAAAAGGAAGGUGGCAAGGACGAAGAUGACGCUUCUCCUGCCGUGUACAGUUACAGUGCAUCUCACGAAAUCACUUAUUUACCCACUCAUGUCGGCUCACUUGCCAUCAUCAAGCGAUUACCCACCCUGGAUCCCUCUCGCCCACUCCAGAACCAACUCCAACUCAUCAAUCUGCCCGGUGCACCCCACGCAGGAGAACCCGGUCAGACGAGUGCCUACGAGUUCUUGCAUUCCUACAUCCAUCUUGCCGUCAGCCCUUACUUCAAUGCUUACGUCAACGCACGCCACGGUACAACCACCGACACCUCAAAGAGCAAAAACGAAGACAACAAGAUGGGUGUUCCGAUGGCCAAAAAGAAAAUGGCCGAACUCGAACUCAGUUUACUCCAUCUCCAACAAAACGUCGAAAUCCCCGAAAUUGCUCUCUCGAUCCACCCAGUUGUCCAGAAAGCUGUAGACAAGUGUCGUGAGCAGAACAGACGUGUGACUGUAGAGUCGGUCGACCCGGCCCUCUUUUCAGACUCUUCAUUCCUCAACAAACUUCAGGGCGACGUCAAUGGCUGGAUCAAGGAAAUCCAAAAGGUCACCAAGAUGUCCCGUGACCCGGCCAGUGGAACUGCAAUCCAGGAGAUCAACUUCUGGCUCAGCAUGGAACGAGCUCUCGAGAAAAUCGACGAGCAGCUCAAGAGCGACCAGAUCACCUUGACCCUCGAUAUCCUCAAACACGCAAAGCGAUUCCACGCAACCGUCAGUUUCAUUGCCGAUACCGGUCUCAAGGAGGGUAUGGAACUUGUCCACAAGUACAACCAGCUCAUGAAGGAUUUCCCACUCAAUGAGCUCUUGUCUGCAACUGAUGUCGACAAGAUUCGCGAAUCCCUCGGAUUGAUUUUCGGUCAUCUUAAUAAGAAGCUCAAACUCUCUCCUUACCCGAUUCGCCGUGCUCUUCCACUUGUGGAGGCAAUUUCGCGUGAUCUCAACGAUCAGUUACUCAAGGUACUCGGCAGUCGUCGUCUGAUGUACAUGGAAUACGAGGACUUUGAGCGAACCACAUCCGGGGCCGAAGCUGUGUUCCACACCUGGGAUGACCUGAUCAAAGAGUUCACAAACGUCGCCCGUGAUGUGACCCGAAAGCGGUCCGAGAAAUUCUUGCCUAUCAAGAUCAACCCGGCACACGCAAAGCUCCAAGAGCGAGUUACCUUUGUCCGUGCCUUCCGUAAACAGCACGAGCAGUUGCACCAAACCAUCGUGCGAGUCAUGACCAGCCCUCGUGCCAAAAAGUCCACUGUAGAGAGCGUGAGUAUCAGCGACAUCAAUGCCGUCGAGGAAGUCAAGCUUGCCUACGAGAGUGUCAAAAACAUCGACGUUCUCGAUGUCUCACCUGAGGGUACAGAGAUCUGGGUUCAAGCAGAAACGGUGUACAAUGAAAGAGUAUCUCGAGUAGAGAAUCAGAUCAUUGCCCGUUUGAGAGAUCGUCUAGGUACAGCAAAGAGUGCCAAUGAGAUGUUCCGCGUCUUUUCAAAAUUCAAUGCCUUGUUUGUACGCCCCAAGAUCAGAGGUGCUAUUCAAGAGUAUCAGACUCAAUUGAUUGACAGUGUCAAAGAAGACAUCAACAAACUGCACGACAAAUUCAAGAUGCAGUACCGUAACUCAGAGGCUUACCACAUGGCCCAGUUGCGUGAUCUGCCUCCUAUUUCGGGUGCAAUUAUCUGGGCUCGCCAGAUUGACCGCCAGCUGUCAUUGUACAUGAAGCGUGUUGAAGAUGUACUUGGUAAAGGAUGGGAACUUUAUGCCGAGGGUCAGAAACUCCAGGUCGAGAGCAGCAGCUUCCGUAAAAAGCUCGACACUAGACUCACUUACGAGAACUGGCUCCAGGAGAUCACCAAACGAGAUCUUUCUGUUUCGGGACGUAUCUUCGAAAUUGCACGCAAUCGAGUCCAAAAGAACGCUCUGCAGUUGGGUGUUAACUUUGAUGGCCAGAUCAUCACCCUCUUCAAGGAAGUCCGCAAUUUACUCUGGCUCAACUACCAGGUCCCACACACCAUCUCCAACGUUGCCAAGGACGCCAAGCGAGUCUAUCCUUUUGCUGUCAGUCUCAUGGAAACCGUCCGGACUUUCUCCCAGACCGUCCACAAAGUCAACCGACACCCCGAUGUCGCUACAUUGGUUGCCGGAUACCGCAACGAAGUCCAUGUGAUGAUUACAAAGGGAAUCAAUCUGCGAUGGGAUUACUUUGUCAAUACUUAUGAUGCCCAUCACCGCCCGUUGUCUUACCUCACCGGCACUCCUCUCGAUGCCCGUGAGAACCGACAUGUGAUGUUUGUGCGUGAGUUUGCCAACGUUGUCUCUGUAUUCCAAGACAAGGUCGAUGCUUUGAUCGGCUACUAUGACGAUAUUUCAAAGAGCACCGAGGAAAUGAAGACCUGUCCUUACCAGGCAGAACGUUUCGAGGAUGCCUUGGGUCGUAUUCAGAAAUUGAUCGAUCGAUUGAAUCUCGAAAACUAUUCUAACCUUGACCAAUGGGUUGCCGGACUUGAUAAACGUAUCGAAACAGUUAUGGUGGGUCGAUUGAGACAAGCCAUCAAGGCAUGGAUCAAUAGCUUCUUGGGUAUCAGCGAAGAGCUUUCUAUUGCUGCUGCGGCUGCAGCUGCACAGAAAUCCCCAGACGUCAAACCAGCUCUGCAGACCCUUGUGCACGAGAUCCGAAUCCGCAACCAGCUCAUGUACCUCGACCCACCAAUUGAGCAGGCCCGUGCUAGCUGGUGGUCUCAGCUCCACGACUGGCUGGCUGUUGUCUGUCACCUGUUGCGCAUCCAGAGCUCCCGGUACGAGGGUGGUCUGAGUGUCAAGGACAACCCGAGCGUUGAGAAAACCUAUGCCAGUCUGCUGACCCGCAUGGGUGACGGCUCGCUCGAACACGCCUACCAGAUCAUUGAAGACAAGAUCCGCCAGGUAGCCGACUAUGUCAACAUCUGGCUGCAGUACCAAUCUUUGUGGGACUUGGAAUCCAGUCAUGUGUUCUCCAUCCUCGAGGAUGAUCUCGUCAAGUGGCAGCAGAUCCUGCUGGAAAUCAAAAAGGCCCGUGGUACGUUUGAUAAUUCCGAGACCGAACAAUCGUUUGGUCCCCUGGUGGUGGAUUAUGAACAGGUCCAGAGUAAGGUCAAUCAAAAGUACGACCAGUGGCAAAAGGACAUCCUUAACAAGUUCGGAAGCAUGCUCGGUACCUCUAUGCGUGACUUCCACGCCUCGGUAUCCCAAGGCCGUUACGAACUCGAACAGCAAUCGAUCGAGAGCAACUCCACAGGCGAAGCUGUCACCUUUAUUACCUUUGUCCAGGAUCUCAAGCGCAAGGUCGCCAAGUGGAGUCAAGACGUCGAGCUCUUCAGACAAGGCCAAAAGACCCUCGAGCGCCAGCGUUUCCAGUUCCCCAAUGACUGGGUCUAUGUUGAUCAGGUCGAUGGCGAGUGGAGUGCAUUCAAUGAAAUCCUCAGUCGCAAGAACAACGCAAUUCAGGAACAAGUUGCUGGAUUGCAGAUGAAGAUUGUUGCCGAGGACAAGGUGGUCGAAUUGAAGAUUCGUGACAUCUGUGCCGAGUGGGAAAAAAGCAAGCCUGUCCAGGGAGACAUCAAGCCCGAUAUUGCUACAAACACUCUCAGUAUCUUCGAGGGCCGAGUUACACGUCUCAAGGAAGAAUACGACAUGGUCUGCCGCGCCAAGGAAGCUCUGGAUCUCGAACAGACUUCCGAAGCUCGCUUGGAGCCUGUACUUGAGGAGUUGCGCGAUCUCAAGUCGGUUUGGACUGCACUUGCACGUGUGUGGAAGUCGGUCUACGAGAUCAGAGACACACCUUGGUCGUCUGUUGUGCCACGCAAGGUCCGCCAACACAUCGAUGGUCUGGUAAACUCGACCAAGGAAAUGCCCAACCGUAUGCGCCAGUAUGCAGCCUACGAGUACGUCCAAGAGACCCUUCGCCAGCUUUUACGUGUCAAUCCACUUGUUGGCGACCUCAAGUCCGAAGCGCUUCGUGAGCGCCACUGGCGCCAGAUCUUCAAGACUCUCAGAGUCGAAGGACGCUUUACACUGGCCGAGAUGACUAUCGGUCACUUGUGGGAUCUGGAUCUCAAGCGUAACGAGAUGGUGAUUAGGGAAGUCAUUCUGCAGGCUCAGGGUGAAAUGGCCCUCGAGGAGUUCUUGAAACAAGUCAAGGAAACCUGGGCAAACUAUGUCUUGGAUCUCGUCAAUUAUCAAAACAAGUGUCGCUUGAUCCGUGGCUGGGACGACCUGUUCAACAAGUCAAGUGAACACAUCAGUUCUCUCACUGCAAUGAAACUGUCUCCGUACUACAAAGUGUUUGAGGAAGACGCAGCAUCCUGGGAGGACAAGCUGAACCGCGUCCAUGUGCUGUUUGAUGUUUGGAUCGACGUUCAACGCCAAUGGGUCUACCUGGAGGGUAUCUUCAGUGGCAGUGCGGACAUCAAGCAUCUGCUCCCUGUCGAGACCUCGCGUUUCCAGAGCAUCAACUCCGAGUUCUUGACGGUCAUGAAAAAGGUCUACAAGUCUCCCUUUGUUCUUGAUGUCCUCAACAUCCCCAACAUCCAAAAAUCUCUUGAACGUCUGGCUGAUCUUCUCAGCAAGAUCCAAAAGGCUCUGGGUGAGUACCUUGAGCGUGAGCGUGCUUCGUUCCCUCGUUUCUACUUUGUCGGUGACGAAGAUUUGCUUGAGAUCAUUGGUAACAGUAAAGACAUCCUUCGUAUCCAGAAGCAUUUCAAGAAGAUGUUUGCUGGUAUCUCCAACAUUCUGCUCGAUGAUGAACAGACAGUGAUUUUGGGUAUGGCCUCCAAGGAAGGCGAAGAAGUCAUCUUCAAGAACCCGGUGUCCAUCAAAGAGAACCCAAAGAUUAACGACUGGCUUACCAUACUCGAAAAUGAAAUGCGUGUCUCACUUGCACUGCUGCUUUCGGAUGCCGUUGGUGAAAGUGAGACGAUCUAUAAUGCCGAGCAGAUGGACUCGAAUGACUAUCUGGCCUGGGUGGAGCGUUAUCCCGCCCAGCUCGUUGUCUUGGCUGCCCAGAUCACCUGGACCCACACCGUAGACAAGGCAUUGAUCUCGAUGUCAGAGGGUGCUAAUGACGAUCAAACACCCCUCCAGCAUUCGAUUUCUUUGGUCGAGCGUAAUCUCAACGUCUUAGCUGAUGCUGUGCUUUUGGAUCUCUCGGCAAUCAAACGCCGCAAGUGCGAGCACCUGGUUACCGAGCUUGUGCAUCAGAGAGAUGUGACCCGUCAAUUGCUCAAUGACAAAGCUUGUUCGACCAAGGACUUCAACUGGCUUUAUCAGAUGCGUUACUACUUCAACCCUGCUGUUGAAAAUCCCAUCCACCGUCUGAGCAUCAAGAUGGCCAAUGCUUCAUUCUACUAUGGCUACGAAUACCUCGGUGUAGUCGAUCGUCUGGUCCAGACACCGCUCACCGAUCGUUGUUACCUAACUCUCACUCAGGCUCUUGAGCAGCGCUUGGGUGGUUCUCCAUUCGGUCCUGCUGGUACAGGAAAGACCGAAUCCGUCAAGGCUUUGGGUGUUCAGCUUGGCCGCUUUGUGCUUGUGUUCUGUUGUGACGAAACCUUUGAUUUCCAAGCAAUGGGUCGUAUUUUCAUUGGUCUCUGUCAGGUCGGCGCCUGGGGCUGUUUCGACGAGUUCAAUCGUCUGGAAGAACGUAUCCUGUCUGCCGUUUCUCAACAGGUCCAGACCAUUCAGCUGGGUCUCAAGGAAGCCACCAUCAACCCUAACCACGAGAUUGAGCUGGUUGACCGCAAUGUUAAGGUCAACACUGACACUGGUAUAUUUAUUACCAUGAACCCUGGUUAUGCUGGUCGUUCAAACUUGCCCGACAACUUGAAGAAGCUUUUCAGAAGCAUGGCAAUGACCAAGCCCGAUCGCGAGCUGAUUGCCCAAGUCAUGCUGUACUCCCAAGGUUUCCGUACCGCCGAAACUCUUGCUUCCAAGGUCGUACCUCUCUUCAAUCUGUGUGCCGAACAGCUCUCACCUCAGUCCCAUUAUGAUUUCGGACUUCGUGCGCUCAAGAGUGUGUUGGUGAGUGCCGGUAACCUAAAGCGAGAUCGCCUGGCAUCACUUCGUCAGGAUAUCGAGUCCGGAAAGUCAACCGAUGCAGAGUAUGUCACCAUCUCUGAGCCUCUUCCUGAACAGCAACUCUUGAUCUCCAGUAUCCGAGAGACAGUUGUGCCCAAGCUGGUAGCUGAUGAUAUUCCUCUGUUGACAAGUCUUUUGGCUGAUGUGUUCCCUGGUGUUCACUACGCCCCAGUUGAUCUGGAUAGACUUAAGACUGAGCUCAAGAAGGUCUGUGAGGAACGUCGUCUGGUGGCUGGAGAUGCUUGGAUGGAGAAGGUUAUCCAACUGUACCAGAUCCAGAACAUUCAUCACGGUUUGAUGAUGGUCGGUCCGUCUGGUUCCGGUAAAUCAUCGGCCUGGAAGACUCUUUUGACUGCUCUUGAGAGAUGUGAGAAUGUCGAAGGUAUUGCGUACACCAUUGACCCCAAAGCUAUUCCAAAAGAUGCUUUAUAUGGUACCCUUGACUCUACCACCCGUGAAUGGACCGAUGGUCUGUUUACCCACAUUCUGCGUAAAAUUGUCGACAAUGUUCGUGGCGAGAGUCAAAAGCGCCAUUGGAUUAUCUUUGAUGGUGAUGUCGAUCCUGAAUGGGUUGAGAACUUGAACUCUGUAUUGGAUGACAACCGUCUGCUUACACUGCCCAACGGUGAACGUCUCAACUUACCACCAAAUGUCCGUAUCAUGUUCGAAGUCGAGACUCUUAAGUAUGCUACAUUGGCUACUGUCUCUCGUUGUGGUAUGGUCUGGUUCAGUGAGGAUGUAAUCACUAUGCCUAUGAUCUUCACCAACUAUCUCGAAACUCUCCGCAAUGUUCCAAUGGAUGAGAUCGAAGAAGAAGGUCCCUCCCGUCGCCUGGCCGAGAACGAUGAUCUCGCAUCAGUGUCGCCUAACAUUGCCACUCAACGUGCAAUUGCUGCCAUUAUGGUUCCUGAUCUAUCUGAUGAUGAAGGUCUUGUCGCCAAGUCACUCGAAUUUGCUGCAACAUUGGAGCACAUCAUGGACUUCACCCGCAUGCGUGUCAUGUCUACUUUCUUCUCGCUUUUGAACAAGACUGUUCGUAAUGUGCUAGAGUACAAUGCCCAACACCCCGAUUUCCCCAUGACCGGCGAUCAUCUUGAGGGCUACAUCACCAAGCGUGUCAUCUACUCUAUCAUUUGGAGUUUCUCUGGAGAUACCAAACUUGACCUACGCACUGUCCUUGGCGACUUUGUACGAUCUACCACUACCUACGAACUUCCUCCCGCCAGCAACAAUUCUAGCAUUAUCGACUAUGAUAUUGCUGUCAGCACUGGUCAGUGGGUACCAUGGGAGUCCAAGGUACCUGUUAUUGAAAUCGAGACCCACAAGGUCUCUGAGGCCGAUAUGAUUAUUCCCACCGUCGACACCAUCCGUCACGAAGAAGUCCUUUAUUCGUGGUUGUCUGAACACAAACCUCUCAUUUUGUGUGGUCCUCCUGGUUCCGGAAAGACAAUGACUUUGUUCAGUGCUCUGCGCAAGCUUCCAGACAUGGAGGUUGUUGGCCUCAAUUUCUCCAGUGCCACCACCCCAGAAUUGAUCCUCAAGACCUUUGAGCAGCACUGUGAGUAUCGCAAGACACCAAACGGUGUCAUUCUGUCACCAACCAUGAUCGGUCGCUGGCUUGUUGUUUUCUGUGAUGAAAUCAACUUGCCCGCUACUGACAAGUACAAUACUCAGCGUGUCAUUUCGUACCUUCGUCAACUGGUCGAAUACAAUGGUUUUUGGCGUACAUCUGACAAAGCUUGGGUUACUCUCGAGCGUAUCCAGUUUGUCGGUGCCUGUAAUCCUCCCACAGAUCCCGGUCGUGUUCCUCUUUCACAUCGUUUCUUGCGCCACGCUCCUCUGGUUAUGGUCGAUUAUGCUGGACAGCUCUCGCUUAUGCAGAUUUACGGUACCUUUGCUCGUGCAAUGCUUAAGGUGGUUCCCAAUCUCCGUGGCUAUGCUGAACCAUUGACGGCUGCCAUGGUCGAGCUGUACCUGGCUUCUCAAAAGCGAUUCACACCCGAUAUCCAAGCCCAUUAUAUCUAUUCACCGCGUGAGUUGACUCGCUGGAUUCGUGGUAUUUACGAGGCUAUCAAACCACUUGAAACCUUGACAGUUGAGGGUCUGGUACGUAUCUGGGCGCAUGAAGCCCUUCGUCUAUUCCAGGAUCGUCUGGUAGAUGAGGAAGAACGUCGCUGGACAGACCAAAUGAUUGAUUCCAUUGCCUUGAGUCACUUCCCUGCUCUCAACCGCGAAGAAGCUCUUGAACGUCCCAUCCUGUUCUCCAACUGGCUUUCCAAAUUCUACAUUCCUGUAGAGCGUGAGCAGUUGCGUGACUUUGCAAAGGCUCGUCUCAAGGUGUUCUAUGAAGAAGAACUCGAUGUCGCCCUUGUGUUGUUCAAUGACGUACUUGAGCACGUACUCCGUAUCGAUCGUGUAUUCCGUCAACCCCAAGGUCACUUGCUGUUGAUUGGUGUGAGUGGUUCGGGUAAGACUACCCUCUCACGUUUUGUGGCCUGGAUGAACGGUUUGAGUGUAUUCCAAAUCAAAGUUCACAACAAGUACACCGGUGCUGAUUUUGAUGACGAUUUGCGUACUGUGCUGAGAAGAGCCGGUUGUAAGGGUGAAAAGAUCUGCUUCAUUAUGGAUGAAUCCAACGUACUUGACUCCGGUUUCCUUGAACGUAUGAACACCUUGUUGGCCAAUGCUGAAGUCCCCGGUUUGUUCGAAGGUGACGAGUAUGCCUCUUUGAUGACUGCUUGUAAAGAGGGUGCUCAGAGAGAUGGUUUGAUGCUUGAUUCUGGCGAAGAACUCUACAAGUGGUUCACUCAACAGGUCAUGCGAAACCUUCACGUCGUUUUCACCAUGAACCCUCCUCAAGGAGGUCUUGCUUCGCGUGCUGCUACUUCUCCUGCUCUUUUCAAUCGUUGUGUACUUGAUUGGUUUGGUGACUGGCCCGAUCAGGCCUUUUACCAGGUCGGUAUUGAGUUUACAAAGACACUUGACUUGGACGUCCCCAACUACUCUUCGCCUGUCAAGUUCCCCAUCGCUUACCGCAAUUUGCCCAUUCCCCCAUCUCAUCGUGAAGCCGUGGUGAAUGCGCUCGUCAGUGUUCACCAGUCUCUGUAUGACAUUAACGCAAAACUCAGUAAGCGACAGGGUCGUCACAACUAUGCUACUCCUCGCCACUUCUUGGAUUUCAUCUCUCACUAUGUUCGCUUGUACAACGAAAAGCGUGAAGAUUUAGAAGAACAACAGCGCCAUUUGAACGUCGGUCUUGAAAAACUUAAGGAUACUGUCGUCAAGGUCGAGGAAUUGCGCAAGAGCUUGGCUAUCAAGAAGAACCAGCUUGAAGUAAAGAAUGCACAGGCCAACGAAAAGAUCAACCAGAUGUUGGCUGAUGAGAAGGAAGCCGAACAAAAGAAGGCUGUUUCUAUUAAGAUCCAAGCUGGAUUGGAAGUCCAAAACAGAGAAUUGCAAAAGCGUCGUACUGUCGUAUUACACGAUCUUGCUAAUGCCGAACCCGCUGUUGCAGAAGCUAGAAAGAGUGUCAGCAGUAUUAAACGUCAGCACUUGACUGAAGUCCGUUCCAUGGGUAAUCCCCCAGAAGCCGUCAAAUUGACCAUGGAGUCUGUAUGUACCAUGUUGGGACACAAGAUUGAUAGCUGGAAGACUGUCCAGAGUGUUAUUCGUCGUGAUGAUUUCAUCACUAGCAUUGUCAACUACAACACCGAAGGCCAAAUGACCAAAAACAUGCGAGAAUUCAUGCGUAGAAACUACCUUAACAAUCCUGCAUUUGAAUAUGAUACCGUCAACCGUGCCUCUACCGCAUGCGGUCCCCUUUGCAAGUGGGUCUAUGCUCAGGUCACUUACUCUGACAUCCUUGACCGUGUUGGUCCUCUGCGUGAGGAAGUGAACCAACUCGAGAUUAGUGCAGAGGAGAGCGAGAGAAAGGCUGCUGAGAUCGAGAAGAUGAUUCUGGAUCUUGAGACCAGUAUUGCUCGUUACAAAGAUGAAUAUGCCGCACUCGUAGGUGAGACUCAGUUGAUCAAGGCUGAGAUGGAUCGUGUAAAAUCCAAGGUCGAUCGCAGUGUUACACUUCUCAGCAGUCUGUCUUCCGAAAAGGUCCGUUGGGAAACUGCCAGUCAGGCAUUCGAGAGCCAGAUGGGCACCAUUGUUGGUGAUGUAAUUCUUGCCGCUGCCUUCUUAGCAUACGGUGGUUACUUUGAUCAGCAGUAUCGUGAGAUCCUCAUGCUCAAGUGGACCGAUCACCUUAUGUCCGCCAAUAUUCAGUUCAAGCAAGAUGUAUCACUUACCGAGUACCUCUCAACUGCCGACGAUCGUUUGUCUUGGCAAGCCAAUUCGCUUCCAGCUGAUGCACUUUGUAUUGAAAACGCCAUUAUGCUUAAGCGCUUCGACCGUUAUCCACUUGUCAUCGAUCCAUCUGGUCAAGCAACCAAUUUCUUGAUUAACGAGUACAAGGAUCGCAAGAUUACCGUCACUAGUUUCCUCGACGACGCAUUCAUCAAGAACCUUGAGAGUGCUCUUCGUUUCGGUAACCCUAUAUUGAUUCAGGAUGUUGAGCAUCUAGAUCCCAUCUUGAAUCCUGUGCUUAACAAAGAAUUGCGUCGUACUGGUGGUCGUGUGCUGAUCCGACUCGGAAACCAGGAUAUCGAUUUCUCACCCUCGUUCACUCUCUUCCUGUCUACGCGUGAUCCUUCUGUCAACUUUGCUCCCGAUAUUUGCUCGCGUGUGACAUUUGUCAAUUUCACUGUUACUCGAGGAAGUUUGCAGAGUCAGUGUCUUAACAAGGUUCUCAAGGCUGAACGUCCUGAUGUUGAUCAGCGUCGUAACGAUCUGACUAAGCUUCAAGGUGAAUUCCAAUUGAAGUUACGCCACCUUGAAAAGUCAUUGCUUCAGGCUCUCAAUGAAUCAAAGGGUAACAUCUUGGAUGAUGACAAGGUGAUCGAAACUCUUGAGACUCUCAAGAAGGAGGCUGCCGAAAUUACACGCAAGGUUGAUGAGACCAAUGUGGUUAUGUACGAAGUCGAGCAAACAACUGCUGUGUACACCCCUCUCGCCCAUGCCUGUAGUUCAAUCUUCUUUGUGAUGGAACAAUUGAACUCUAUCCACCACUUCUACCAAUUCUCGCUUGAUUUCUUCUAUGAAAUCUUUGAGUAUGUCUUGCACGCAAAUCCUAACCUAAAGGGGGUAACUGAUCCAAAUGAGCGUCUGACAAUCCUGUCUCGAGACUUGUUCUCGGCUGCUUACAAGCGUGCAUCGCGCACACUUCUUCAUGAAGACCACACUAUGUUUGCCGUCUUGCUUUGCCAAAUCCGUAUUCGAGGUGCACAAGAAAACGUUGAUGAGACUGAAUACGAUUUCUUGCUUAGCGGUGGUGAAGUUGUAGCUGGCUCUUCGAUUACUGCUGUUGGAAUGGGACUGCCAUCAUUUGUUACAGACGAAAUGGCUCAAAAGACCAGAGAAUUCAUGACUCUUGACUGCUUCCGUGGUUUGUCAGAGCACAUCAAAUCCCAUGACAUUGAAUGGAGACAAUUCCUACAGAAUGCUCAACCCGAGACUGUUGUUCCUAUGUUCUGGCCUUCUGCUGGCAUUAACCAUACUGUCGAUGCUGUCAGAAAGAUGUUGAUCAUCAAGUGCUUCCGUCCUGACCGUCUUAUUCCUGCCGCUACAAUCUUUGCUUCUGAGAUUUUCUAUCCUGACUUUGCCAAUUCCGGUGAACUUAACUUGCAGAUGAUCGUAAAUAAUGAGGUCGACAGCAGUACCCCUCUUGCUCUGUGCUCUGUACCCGGUUAUGAUGCCAGUUAUCGUGUUGACAAUCUGGUUACAGAAUCAAACAUGCGAUGUACUUCUGUUGCCAUGGGUUCCGCUGAAGGUUUCACACUUGCCGACCAAGCCAUUUCACUUGCUAUCAAGACUGGUAACUGGGUUAUGCUUAAGAACGUGCAUCUUGCACCUUCGUGGCUCGGACAACUCGAGAAGAAGCUGCACAGCAUGAAACCCCACCGUAGUUUCCGUCUCUUCUUGACCAUGGAGACCAAUCCCAAGGUUCCUGUAAAUCUUUUGCGCAUGUCCCGUAUUCUUAUGUUCGAACCUCCUCCGGGAAUCAAGGCUAACUUGCAAGAAUCUCUUCGCAGUAUUCCUCCUUCGCGUCUCUCUCGGGGUCCUACCGAAAGAGCCCGCCUUUACUUUAUGCUGGCCUGGCUUCACGCUGUGGUACAAGAGCGUCUGCGCUAUGUUCCAUUGGGUUGGACCAAGGUGUAUGAAUUCAACGAUUCUGAUCAGGAUUGCGGUCUGAAUACCAUUGACAACUGGCUCGAAAGUGCAGCUGGAGGAAGAGCCAAUAUUUCUCCGGACAAGAUUCCAUGGGACGCCAUUCGUUCUCUUCUUAAACAAAGUAUUUAUGGUGGACGUAUUGAUAACGAAUAUGAUCAACGUUUGUUGGACUCCUUUGUCAACACUUUGUUCAGCCAUCGUUGUUAUGAUCUCGACUUUGAGGUUGUUAAAGCCAGUGGAGAAGACGAAGAAUCUCUUGUUGUACCAGAAGGUACCAAGAUGGAACACUUCAUGGACUGGGUUAACAAGCUGCCUGAUCGUGAGCCCCCAACCUGGCUUGGUUUACCCGGAAAUGCCGAGCGUGUGCUGUUGACCCUUAAGGGUAACACUUUGCUGUCCAAGGUCCGCAAGAUGAAGAGCACCAGCGAUGACGACGAAGUGGCCUUCACUCAGGAUACUUCUUCUCAGUCAACCAACUCUCAACAACCUGCUUGGAUGCGUACACUUCAUACUUCUAUUUCUGGUUGGUUGAGCGUUCUGCCCGAGAACAUCCGUGUUUUGCAACGCGACACUACUGGUAUCAUGAACCCUCUAUUCCGUUUCUUCGAGCGUGAAAACCAGAUUGGUCGUAGCUUGUUGCGUACUAUCCGCGAAGAUCUUUUGUCACUCCAAAAGGUGUGCAGCGGUGAACUUAAGCAAACCAAUCAUUUGCGUCAAUUGAUGGACUGGCUCAAUAAGGGUCUGAUUCCAGACCACUGGAAACGAUACAAGGUCCCCAAGAAUAUUUCCCUGAAUGUUUGGAUAGCUGAUCUUAAGUUGCGUCUGGCCCAAGUUGAAGGUAUUGCUCAGGAACCCUCGUUCGAUAAGUGUGAAGUUUGGAUCGGAGGACUGUUCAUCCCUGAGGCCUAUGUUACGGCCACGCGACAAGCUACUGCUCAACGCAAUAAGUGGUCCCUUGAAGAGCUUGUAUUAGAGGUUGAUAUUGGUCAGAGACUUGAGUCGAACGCAAAUCUGGGAGAGUACAUUGUCCGUGGAAUGCGUAUGGAAGGUGGUGAAUGGCGUGGUGAUGAAGUUUGCUUGACAUCAGAAGCCAGUACCAAAUUGCCCAAGACUCAGUUGCGAUGGAUUAAGAAUGUGAAGAAGGAUACAAGUGGACUGGUUUCUCUACCUGUGUACUUGAAUGCCGACAGAUCAGAUCUUUUGUUUACAAUCAAUGUAAAGGCUAAUGCAGAGGAGAAGGAUAGAAUUCCCCAGAGAGCUGUUGCCCUUGUUAUUUCAUUCUAGUACAAAUGAAUAUUUAAAAUCUCGGCAAUCUUUGUAAUUGCAUAGUAAAUAAAGAGACAUAUUCUUGAAAAUAAUU